GUCAGUUGUGCAACAUGCUGCUACUGUUAAAAAAAAAAAAGAAAGAAAAGAAAAAAGCUGAGUAAUGCUGGAGCCCGCUCAUGUGGCUGAUGCAAACCUGGAGAAUUUGCAUCAUCAUGGAGCUGGAGUAACUUGGUGUGACAGGCAGGAGGUUAAAUACAAGCCCAUGAGGAAGCUGAGCUGGUUUGUGAUGAUAGGGCACAGCCGCUGCUGCAGCCUCAGGAACAGGACGGGGAGGUGGGAACCCAGUGCACCAAGCAUGCACAGGUGUUUCUGAGGAGUAAUUAGAGAGCUGUGGGGGCUAAAACACACCUUUUGAGUUUUUACCUGUGAACACAGUGCGCUGAGAGAGACACUCUGAACGCAAAGAGGAAGAGACUUAAAGUCACACCAAAGAGACACUCAAGUUGAAAGUUUUGUUGCUGCUUUUUUUUUUUUUUCUUUUCCUUGCUAUUUUAUUUUUCCCCCGUGUGUCAGAACCAUGGUCAGAAAGCCCGUCGUGGCCACCAUCUCCAAGGGAGGUUACCUGCAGGGAAAUGUCCACGGAAGGCUGCCUGCCAGGGGUGGCAAGGAGCCUCCUCCAGCGGCAGCGGGGCAGGAGAGAGUGGUGCUGAAGAAGAAAAUCACCCUACUGAGGGGCAUCUCCAUCAUCAUUGGCACCAUCAUCGGAGCAGGGAUCUUCAUCUCCCCGAAGGGCGUGCUGCAGAACACGGGCAGCGUGGGCAUGUCCCUCAGCGUCUGGACCGCCUGUGGCAUCCUGUCGCUGUUCGGUGCUUAUGAUGCUGAGCUAAAUCUCCAGCCAGCUGUGGGAUUUUGUAGAAAAGUUUUGCUUAUAUGCUCAGUCCCUGUUCACUCUGGAGCCUUGUCCUAUGCUGAAUUGGGAACAAGCAUAAAGAAAUCUGGUGGUCAUUACACAUACAUCCUAGAAGUCUUUGGGCCAUUACUAGCCUUUGUACGAGUCUGGGUGGAACUGCUUAUAAUACGCCCUGCAGCUACUGCUGUGAUAUCUCUGGCAUUUGGACGUUAUGUGUUGGAGCCAUUUUUUAUGCCGUGUGAAAUUCCUGAACUUGCAAUCAAGCUCAUCACAGCUGUGGGCAUAACUCUAGUGAUGGUCCUAAAUAGCAUGAGUGUCAGCUGGAGCGCCCGGAUUCAGAUUUUCUUAACCUUUUGCAAGCUCACAGCAAUUCUGAUAAUUAUAGUCCCUGGAGUUAUACAACUAAUUAAAGGGCAAACACAGCAUUUUAAAGAUGCCUUUUCCGGAAGAGAUGCUAGUAUUAUGGGGUUGCCAUUGGCCUUUUAUUAUGGAAUGUAUGCAUAUGCUGGCUGGUUUUACCUCAACUUUGUUACAGAAGAAGUAGAAAACCCUGAAAAAACUGUGCCCCUUGCAAUAUGUAUAUCUAUGGUUAUUGUUACCAUUUGCUACGUGCUAACAAAUGUGGCCUACUUUACAACCAUUAGUGCCGAGGAGCUGUUGCUUUCAAAUGCAGUGGCAGUGACAUUUGCUGAGCGGCUACUGGGGAAUUUCUCCUUAGCAGUUCCCAUCUUUGUUGCCCUCUCCUGCUUUGGCUCCAUGAAUGGUGGUGUGUUCGCUGUCUCCAGGUUAUUCUAUGUUGCGUCUCGAGAGGGUCACCUUCCAGAAAUCCUCUCCAUGAUUCAUGUCCGCAAGCACACUCCUCUACCAGCUGUUAUUGUUUUGCACCCUUUGACAAUGAUAAUGCUCUUCUCUGGAGACCUCUACAGUCUGUUGAAUUUCCUCAGUUUUGCCAGGUGGUUUUUUAUUGGGCUGGCAGUUGCUGGGCUGAUUUAUCUUCGAUACAAACGCCCAGAUAUGCAUCGUCCUUUCAAGGUGCCGCUCUUCAUCCCUGCACUGUUUUCCUUUACGUGCUUCUUCAUGGUGGCCCUUUCCCUUUAUUCUGAUCCAUUCAGCACUGGCAUUGGCUUUGUCAUUACCCUGACUGGGGUCCCUGCAUACUAUCUCUUUGUUAUUUGGGACAAGAAACCCAACUGGUUUAGAAGAACAUCAGACAUGAUAACCAGAACAUUACAGAUAAUACUGGAAGUUGUACCAGAAGAAGAUUGUCAGAAAUUAUAAGUUAAUGCAUUGUUUUGACAAUCUGCUGAAACACAGAAAUAUAGUAUGGAUUUUUACUCCAUUUUCUUCAAAUCCAGAGAAUUGCAACUUUGGUGAUGGACUAAAUGAAUCAUGCAUUUCUGUUCACAUCUUCUAGUGUAGUCACACUAAUAUCUGAGGAACAGUGAUAAUACUAUGUCUUUGUAGAAAGCUGAUGCGCAGAUUGAACCAUAAAUUUACAUUGUCUUAGGUUUCUAAUACCUAACUGUUGAGGGUAAGGGAAAUGACUGUGGAGAUAGACCACUAGUCGGGUAGUCAUUCUCUAUGAUAUAUCUUAUGACAAAGAACCUUCAAAUCAUAGAGUAAACAUGUUUUCUGUAUAUAUGGGUUUUGUGAACAUGUUUUAGAUACUGUAGAUGAUUAAACUGUGAAAAGUAGUUUUUAUUCUUCUGAAAAAAUAAUGUGUCAUUAUUAUGACAAAGAGGAAAGAAGUUUUAUAUUGAUAUUUUUGGUAUUGCAUUGCUUCCCCUUGAAUAUCAUUGUUUACUGCAUUAUACAAAGAGCAUUUGAACAAAAGUAAAGCCGAUACAUAAUUCUGUUGAAUACAUAAGAGGAGAACUUCUAUUCUCCACUACUUCCAUUCUUUAUGAAGUAAAUCCAGGAAUUAUCUUAUUAAAGUCUGCCAUAGUUUAUGUUAGAGAUUUUCUCAGUUAUUAUUAGAUAUUCCAGUGUUAAUGUGCCAUGCUGUUUCAUGCCAGGUCACUUUAUGAAGUAGUUAUGUCUGCCUUGGUAUUCAAAUUAAGAAUCAUCAUCUCUUUCACUAAAACUUACCCCUUGAGAAAUAUGUCUAUAAUUACCCAUGUAAAUUUUUUUGGUACCAAGGAUUGAACUCCUGACCUUACACUUGCCCCACAGGCACUUGUGCCACUGAUCUAAAUCCCCAGCCCCAAUUUACCCAUUUAAAACUUCACAUUCCACUACUGAGGUGAAAAACAUCAUCAAUAAAGAAAAUACUCAGAAUAUCCAGCCCAUUUUUGUAUGUCGAUAUGAAAUGGUAAUAAUUCUGAACAUUUAAAAAAUUCUAUGGUAUUUUUGUAUGAUGAUAAAUUUUGACAAUUUAUGAAUUUCUUUAUAUAUUUUAUAUUCUGUUAAAAUAUCUAUACAAAUAAAACAGUCCAGAAUGACUAGGAAAGGACAUAUAUUUAUGUAGAAAUUGAGGAAGAAAUGAUACUGCUAAAUAAGAUUUAAAACAUGUUUCUAAAAAUUUCAACUUGUAAAUCCAGCCUUUGUCAGUGAUUUCUCUUUGUCUACUUGCAAAAAAAAAAAAAAAAAAAAAAAAAAACCAAAAACUGAUCACAAGUUUAUUGAGAGAAAGAGAAACUGCACGAGUGUAUGUUUUGACAAGUGUUAUUAAUUAUGCUGGAAUUUGGAACUAUUGCAGAAUUUUGAAGUAAGAGUAAUAGAGUGAUGGGAAAUUUCAAUUAUUAUUUGAAUAUCUCUAAGAUAAAAUGGUCAGAAUCUAGAACGUUUCAUUCUUUAGGUUUUUCCCAUUGUAAAAUAAGAAAUGUUCAAAGAAUUACACUGAUUAAAACAUUAAAACAGGCAUGGAACUCAUAGACAAUUGAUGAAGUAGAAAUGAUUUAUAAUUUGGAGCAAUUCCAGUUCACUAAUAACAUUUAAUAUGCAUGCAAGAUUGAUUUUUUGCCCAACUUAACUGCUUAAGUCUCUUAAGUAAAUUCAUUAUAAUGCCUUCUGUUUAUUCAUGGCAUAAAGUAUUCAAAUUUUGUUCUGUAGAACCUUUUUCUGAUUUAUUUUGUCAAUUUUUGAUUUGUCACAUCUCUUACCACUGUCUCUUUCUAGAAGUAAAAUUCCUUUACACAUCUAUUUUUACAAUCUCUAGGUCCAUAAGAUCUAAACACUCGGUGCCAGUAGACUUUUUAAAAAGUGAUGAUGAUUAAUUUGUGUUUCAGUUUAUUUUUAGGCCACAUCAUGAAAAAGCACAGGCUUUAAUUAGUGAAUUAAUAUUCAUAAUUCUUAUUAAAAUGGUAGCAUAUAAAGAAGAUUCCAGCUCAAAAACUUUAUGUUUGCAUUUUUUCCUACAGAGGAAAGUCCUUUUUUUAGACUGAUAUAUAUGCAUAGACUCACAUGUAUUUACUGUUACAUGUAUUAUAUUUGAUCUGGAGUACAUAGACAAAUGUUUACAUAAACAUUAUGGAUUUAUUAUAACACUAAAAGUAUAAAUGCCACGCAUUAUAACUAGUGUACUAGCUUCAAAAAUUCUUUUUUAGUGCAGGGAGUCAAAGCAUUUGAUUAUGAUUUCAAAAGAUCAAGUAAAGACUUCUAAAUUGAAGUACAACUUUUUUUACGUAAAGAAUGAUUCUCCUUAAUCACAAGUAGUUUCGUUAUCCUUAGGUGGAAAAAAAUUAAACACUUAUAAAUGGUGAAUUUGUUAGCUGGAAGUCAGCCUAUUCUUUUCUCUGUAUGGGAACGUAAAGAUUUGUCUUAGAAAGAUGGGAGACGGUUGUUCCAAACAUAAAGAAGCAUGCACCUUUCCUAAUACUCGCCCGCUCUGGUAGUACAAAAUUAGAACACUUUAUUAGGUUAUACUAGUAAUGAAUGGUGUUUUCACUAACACUGUGGAUGUCAAAACUGAUUUCCAGAUUGUCUUAUGUGCCUAUCGAAACUGUUACGUCAGUUGAUAUUUGAUAUAUCAACAGAUGGUCGCCAUGAGUAUAAUCACAUAACAGAAUUCCCUGUGAACUGUGAUCAACCUUCAAGAAACUCAUUAUUCUAUCUCAGGUUGCAGAUGAAUGUGAUGCUAAGAAAGGGAGCAACUCUGACCUUUGUUAAUAUUGAUCACUUAUAAUUCAGGCAUGUCAUAAAAGGAUAGAAAACUGAAGGCCGAAAUAACAGAAAAUGAAAGGCAGUAUGUGAUGAAGUGUGUAUUUUGGUGUUAUAGAUUAGAUAACUGGAUUUGUCUGCAAUGUAUAAGCAGAUAUCCUAAGAAGCUAAUUAAAUGUGUUUCAGUGCCUCUUACUUAAGUUCCUUCCAAUAUUCUGUACCUAACUUUGGAUUAAGAAUUUUAUAUUCAUUUUCUUAAAGUAAAAUUAUAUAUUUCUGGCCCCAUGAAAUCCACAUCUGUCAUUGUAUAGUAAAAUAAUUUCCUUGAUGGAAUAUUUAAUAUAUAUUUUAGGUAUUAACCUUAUCCAUUAACUGAUGUAUUUAUAUCUAAUUAUUAAUUGGUAGUGUCAUAUGUGAUAAGAAAAUAGUUGAUUUUUGAAGAAAAGAAACACAAUGAAUGGAAUUUAAAUUGUAGCUCUUUUUCUUAGUUUAGAAAAAAUAGUUGGAAUUUUAAUACAGAUGAUUUUACUUGAAUAUAAUAGUGCUUCAUUUUACUCUACAUAAUAAGCAGUAUAUUGGUGCUGAUAUUGUUUCCAGUUACUUCUUAUUUUCCAAACCAUUUGAAAUCAGCAAUUAAAUCACGGUAUUGUGGAACUAGGAAGAAGCUCAUAGUGGAUGUAAAUUAAAAUAGAGAAAGGGUCAGUUUUUGUAGCUUCUGUUUACAUUACUUAAACGUAGAUAAAGGAUUACCUAUAUGUGUACUUUAGUUUAAUUUCCCCCAAAACAGUAUUUUAAAAUUUAUCUCAAUAUAUGUAACUAUCUAAAAAUGCCACCUGUUUCUAGGCCACAGUUUGUUAGAACUGUACUUAAAAACAAUUUAACCAUAAAUUUUUGAAAGUUAUCCUUUCCUUCUUUUAUUGCAUUUUCAAGUUAGUUUACAUCUAAAACUAAAUGUUAUAUGUAUUUUUACCAUACAUACAAAUUAAAAAAUCACGAAUCAUGGUCUUAACAGAAAAUGCCAAUUUUCCUUAUGUUGUGAGAUAUCUUCCUUAUAAUCUUAUACCAAUAUUAACUUGGUAUUUUUGAACUAGUUUUGGUUUAUUUGUAUAAAUUAAUGAUGCCCUUUAUUUCAUUUUUUUGUGUUAUACCCUUAAGUUAGGAAAUGAGUUUUAAUUUGUAUAAAUUCAGUUAUCUAGAUUUUCUUAGUUGGAAUCUACCACACAGGUUUACUUUCUUGAGAGAUUUUUCUACACUCUUCUUUGUUACCAUUUGGUUAAAACACACAGAGUAUUGUUACAGACUCCAAAUACCAAGUUUCUCUAUGUGCAUAUGUUUGCUCAUUUCAGGGUACACUUAUUGUAUCAAUAAUGUCCUUUGCGAUUUUAUAGAUGAAGAUUCUCUCAAGAAAUUAGGGUGCAUGAGGCAUCUGAGAAACAUGCAAACAGAUGCAGAGAUUUGAUUUUUUUGUUUGUUUGUUUGUUAUUUGUCUUUUUGAGACAAAGUCUCCCUAUGAAUUUCAGACUGGCCUUAAACUCACUUUGUAGCUCAGACUGGGCUUGAACUCUCAAAAAUCCUCCUGCAUCAGCCUACUGAGUGCUGGGAUUAUGAUCUGCUGCAGGAAUUUGAAAGUGAACUUUUUUUUUCUGCUCUCAAUAUCUACACUACCUACUUUAUUGGUUAGAAGACUUCCUUGUUAAGUCCUUUUUACCUCUUGUUGAAACUUCUAAAAGACCGUGAUGAAAGACAGAGGGGAAGAGAUAAGAGAAUAGUGUAAUUAUUUCUUUUGCAGUGGUUGCUAUAUUUUGAAUAUUUUUUGUGACAGGGUAUUUUACACAGAGUCUUGUGUGAAAAUGUGUUAGGUCUUUGGAUGUUACAGCUAUAUAAUUGGGAAGUGAGUGGUCAGACUUUAAUGUGAUUGUGAAGUUAGACCUCACAUACUGCUACUAAUGAACCUUAUUAGAAGCAUGCUAGGAAAUACCUACAUAGCACACUGAAAUACAAUGCAAUGUUCUUUCCUGGCCUGUGGCUUGAACUGUCUUAUUUCAAAGGAUUUCUAAAUUAAUUUUUUUCCUAGAAUUUCUCCCUUACUGUAAAUUCUACUUACUCACUAAUACAAUGUGAAAAUAUAUUAAUGUAGCAAAAUACUUCAGAGAAAUUAAACUUGUUUCAAAUGAUUAUGUGUUUAUAAAAAAGUACUUGAAAGCAAACAAUGCAAACACAGGAACAACAACCACACACACACACACACCCAUGGUUUUACAGAACCCUCUAACAAUUCUAAGUAAUCUGAUCCUUUCAUUGAAAAAAAUUUAUUUAAUAGUUUUCCUUGUGAAUCUUACUACUGCUGCCAUAAAUCUAGAACUAAAAUUUUAAAACCUAUUGAAAACUUGUUUUUUUCCCUCCUCCUCCUCUUUCUUCUUUUGGUUGGAGUAUUAAGUUCAAGGAAUAUUGAGCAAUGUCCCCAGACCCUCUGUUAAUUUUUAUUUUCUAGAUAGUAUUGUUAAGUGGCAUACAUUGAGCUUGAAUGUGUGAUACUCUGUGUCAGCCUCUUCCCUAAGUGACUGGGGUCACAUGUGUGCAGCACUGUACCCUGGUGGGGUUUUUUUUUUUAUGUUAUCCAUGUUCACUAUUUAAAAGAUUCUAGAAUCCAUGGCAAUAGUAAGAUAUACUUUGCUUUAAAAUUUUGCUUAUUUAGGGCACAGACAUUGGCCCCGAAUUUCUCCCUCUCUACAGAUGGACUGCAGUUCACUAGUAAUGUUUUCAGAAUACAAUACUUCUCAACAUUAGAAACUUUGCAAAUAUAAGGAUCAGAUGUUUUUUUUUUCCUAUGCCAAACCAGUGAAUAAAUGUGUAGCUGUAUUUUACAGAUGCUAAGUGUUGACUACCUAUGGUUUUAUAGUAAGCAUGUGCCAGAAGAGUCAAGACAAAUGACCUCUUGUACUGAUGUGUGGUGAUCUUCAUCUGUCUUACCUUUCUGACAAGGAUUUAAGUCUAAAUUUCAUAGAGCCUGGUGCUCGCUUAUCACAGAAUGGAUUACAUGGUAGUAAUGCACUGGUAGAUGAUUUUUAGUUAUUAGUUCAUAGUUCAUCUCAUGAUGAAUCUUUUAUGUAUUUUUAUUGUGAGUGUAUCUGGAUUUACUUUAUAAAACAUGGGUUGUAUUUAUCUAAAAUUUGACCCAGUUAAUGGCCUUUUUUUACUUGUAAAGGGAUAGAAACAUGUUGUAUAUGUUCAUAUUAACAUUGUUAGGUACUAUGUAUAAAUAUAUUUAAAUACCUUUUUUUGUCUUUGGCAAUAAUUUGCAUCAAUGGAAUCAAUUUAACUCAAUGAGAAAGUGAUUGCUUACUCUUAAGGUUUAUUUAUGUUGGAAGUCUUCCCUUUGAUCUGUGUUUCAAUUAUAAUUGACAGAACAGCUAAGCCCUGACGUUUGAUCUGCACUGUGUUUGUCAUGACCUUGUGCCAUUCCCCAAACUGUGACAGCAUGAUGGGUUUGGCCUAGAGAUCUAAAAUGCAGGACUAGAAAGACCCAGCAGAGAAAAAAAUAACACUCAGUACCUUGCGUGGGCCUCAUCCUGGCUGUUAUUUCUUCAUUCUGACACUGUGAUAAUGAAACACGGUAAAGACGAUGGUCUGCACUUUGUACAAAUGUAAUUCAGUGUCUUAUAUUGACCAAGAUAUGCUUAAAGAGCAAAAUUGCUUUUCUGCAUCUAUAUUCCAACUGCCUUAGGAAUACAGAGGUAUUAAACUAUGAGGACUUAAGUGGUGCAAGGAGAAUUUCCUUGGUGGAUUGUGUUGUUUUUUUAGGGUUCUUUGGCACUGAGGUCUGUACCAAUAUGUGCUCUGUGAAAUAAAAUAGAUCUUUCUACAGCGAAACGCAUUCCCUCUGGGGAGAGCCCUGGUGCAGCAGUCACUCUGCCAGAUGGUGUUUAUGGGCUAUUUGUGUAAGUGGUAAGACGCUAUGAAACAAGUGAGCUUUUGUCUGAUGGGAACGCAACGCACGCGCUUUGGUAUGGAAUGAAUUUUGGUGCAAUAUGAUUUCACUCCAAUCUGCGUUGAAUUUAAUUGUAGUUGUACUUAUGUAUAUGAAUACCUGUUCAUGCUUCUAGGUGCCUCUACUUUGUAUAUCGGUUUUUGUACAUAUUUUUACUUGAAAAUAUUUCAUUGACAUUUAAAUAAACAUUUGAUAGUUUACAGAACAAA